UUACAACCGCCUGAAGGUGCUGGUAUCCACGGAUACCACAGCAGUUGGGAAAAUGGCAGAAAAGGAAGAGCCGGGGCCGGGCUGUGAGCCGCCCGCAGCCCAGGAGCCAGAGCCCGAAAGCCCGCACGGUCUUCGCUCCCCUUCCGUGACCUUCAGCGAGACGGUGCAGCCGGCGGUCACAGGAAUGGUGUCACAGCUGUUCAUGCAGCCGCCGCAGCUGAAAUUUGACAAAAAUAUCAAGCAGGCCUUCUAUAACACCGGGGCAAUGAUCUUCGUAGCGAUCUGCUGCGGGGCUGCCGUGUUGGUGUACUUUAUACUGGAGGCCUUCCUACGACCACUGCUGUGGGCUGUCCUAUGCGGCACUUUCCUGCACCCUUUUAAGUACUCGCUCGCCCGAAUCGGCCGGUCGUGGCUGUCCAGUUUGCAGGACACCGGCACGCCGAUCGUGCUGGGCACUUUGCUCCUGCCGGUGUGGUUCUUUAACUACGUGGUGGAGAUGCUGGGGGCAUUGGUGCUAGAGAAGCUCAAGAUCCUGCUGGUGAUCGGGGCUGGUCUCCCCCUAGUUUGCUUCUUUUACUACUUUGGGAGCGUGAUUGGGAUACAGGUUAUAAUCGGACACACCUGCGAGAUCAUCUGCGGCGCUCUGGAUUAUUUCAAGGCGACCUGGGUGUGCACGUUGGUGGCCGGAUAUGUGCUGGCUGUGAUUUUUAAAUGGAGCCCCAGCACAGAGCGGUAUCUGAGGGCCAUCUCAGUGCCUGUGUGGACCGUGCUGCUCUUCUACCUGGCUUCUGUAACUGGCUCCUGGAGGAUCCCUGUGUUUGUCAUCGUCUUGUCUCUCCUCCUUGUGGGCAGCCUGCAUGAGAAACAGCAGGUCCAGGGCAAGUCUGGGGAGCUGUCAGGCAAAGUCCUGUCCAUUGCUGCUAACACCAUCUUCAUGGCCAUCUCCUGUACUGGCUUCACAGAGCAGGAGCCGGAGGACGAGACCUCCAGUUCACAGCCUGAGGAUUCCUCCAGUAGUGGGAGCCCCGGCUCGGGCUCUGCUUCCCCCAGCCGGGCGGCUAGGCGACCACGCCCAGAGCUGCGCUCGCUGCUGAAGCGGAAGAAGGCCAGCGACAUCUACUUCGUGCUGCUGGUGUGGGCAAUCAUCAUGGUGCAGAUCUGGCUCAACCUGUGGAUCCUGCAGCUGCUGCCUGUCCCCGUGGCUGUGUGGGUGCUGAAAAAGUUGGUGGUGCACUUUGGCCUGAUGGACUUUGCAGAGAGGAGCUUGGCAUCUUGGUGGGCAGUGAUAGCAAAGUUUAUGCAGGAGCGCCAGGAUGCCUUGGCUCCAGGACCCAUUAAGGGCCUGGCACACUUCCUCCUAAAGGUGGACACAAAGCUGUGGCAUUGGCUUAACAAGCAGAUGAUUGUGUGGCUUGAACGCUCCCUGGACAAGCUCAUCAGCAUUUUCAUCAUCUUCCUCCUGGUCAUGGGCACCUUGUUACUGGCUCUGCUGCUUACUGCCAAGGUUCAUCAUGAGAGCGUGCACAUCAUUGAAGUCACCAGCAACCUCAUCAACGAGACCGUGUCCAAUCAUCCAGAGUGGGCCAACUGGCUCCCAGAGGCUCAGGUGGUGCAGAAGGCUCUAAAUUCUGCUGCUACUAAUGUGUACCAGUAUGGCAGAGAGUGGAUAACCCAGAAGCUUCACAAGAUGCUGGGUGAGAAGGUGAACAACACAGCUGUGAUUGAGAAGCAGGUGCUGGAGCUGUGGGACAGACUGUAUCACUCCUGGUUUGUGAAGAAUGUUACCCACUCAGGACGACACCGAGGCACCAAGAUGCACAUUCACCGUCAGCACAGCUGGUUGGGUGAUAUCCUGGACUGGCAGGACAUUGCAUCCUUUGUGCAAGAGAACAUCGAGACCUUGCUCUCUAUCCUGGAGUCCCUGUGGAUUGUGAUGAGCCGCAACGUCAGCCUGCUCUUCUCCACUGCCACCACCCUCUUCACCAUCCUGUUCCACAGCGGCACAGCCCUGCUCAACUUCGUACUGUCCCUGGUGAUCUUCCUGACCACGCUGUUCUACCUGCUGAGCUCCAGUGGAGAGUACUACAAGCCUGUCAAGUGGGUGAUCAGUCUGACUCCCCUCUCUCAGCCUGGACCCUCCUCCAACAUCGUGGGCCAGUCUGUGGAGGAAGCCAUCCGAGGUGUGUUUGAUGCUUCCCUGAAGAUGGCAGGAUUCUAUGGACUCUACACGUGGCUCACACACACCAUCUUUGGAAUCAACAUAGUCUUCAUUCCCGCAGCUCUUGCUGCCAUCCUGGGGGCUGUUCCCUUCCUGGGCACGUACUGGGCAGCUCUGCCUGCAGUCCUGGACCUGUGGCUGGCACAGGGUGAGAGUGUCAAAGCUCUGCUGCUGCUCAUCUGCCACCUCCUGCCAACCUACUUUGUGGACACAGCCAUCUACUCUGACAUCUCCGGAGGUGGACACCCCUACCUGACAGGCCUGGCAGUCGCAGGAGGCGCAUACUACCUGGGCCUAGAGGGGGCGAUCAUUGGGCCGAUUCUGCUGUGCAUCCUGGUGGUGGCCUCUAACAUCUACAGUGCCAUGCUAAUGAGCCCCAGCAGUGCCCAGCCCACUCCUCUGCAGCCCCACUGGCCCUCACACGUGACCAGAUCCUUCAUGGACAGUCCCAGCCUGCUGAAGAGGGAGACAGAGUGAGGGCAGAGUCGGUGUGACACUGGGCAAGAAAUGGCUGCUCCUGAUGUACUGGUUAUCGUGAGCUGCCUGCUAAGGCCUCAUGUGACCUGCGUGCCAAAGGGAGGCUAGCAGCCAAACACUGUUCUCUUAAUUUCCUUACAGCUGCUGGCCUUUCACCGGUGUUAUGUGUGACUUGGGUGGGUGACUGCUGCCCACCUUGCACAAAAACCCUUGUCCCUUCUCCCAGAGUGUGAGGGCUAGGGGAACACGCUGGUUUUUAGCACUUUAACUGCCAUCUCAGCUGCAGGCAGUCAUACUGUACAGUAGGUCUCAAAAAGAAACUUAUUGUACUUGUUUUGCUAUGAAACGCCAUACGUUGGACGGUUUGUAAGACCGAAUGAAUCUAGCCUUCUAAUGCCUUUUAUCUAUUAUUUGCAGAGCUUAGGAACUAUGUAAAUAUGUGCUUUUGGCAUCCACGACUGGGAAUGUGAUUGCUGGCAAAUGUUGUGAUUCCUGUCUUCUUUCAAGAAGACAGGGCUGGAAACAUCUGCCAUCAGACCAAGUUUGUUUUUAAACUUGUGUGCAAUGUCAUGAUUGAGUGAGGAGUGAAUAAUGCCAUAGAAUCCCCUGGUACUACAUCGUGAAAUACUCGCACACUCUCUCUCAAGCACACAGUGCUUGUGUUUUAUAACUUAAUUAAGAGCAGACCUGUGAAGAGAAGCUGUGUUGUGUGAUAGCGGGUCUGUGCUCUCUGUACAUUCCAUAUAGAGUGCACUUCAGAUUCUGAAAGUUUAAACCUCUACUUUUCUUCUUUCUGAAUGGUUAAAAUUAUUUUAUUGGAAAGUGACAUGAUCUGUUACUCCCUACUCAGUGAAUGGUCAUGACGGGGUCAUUUUUAGUGUGCCUUCUGUUCAGGUUUUAGGGAAUAGUUCCUCUUUGGUUUGUAUGGAUGUGUAAAGUGUGCAUUGCUGCCUGGGUUGUACAUUACUGUACCCCUGAAAGAAUGUUUGAGUUAAUUCUUAGUGUGUACUGUCCCAAGGAUCUUCAUUUUUUUACACAUUUAGCAGGUCUGGUUCUGUUCCAUUCUGAGAAUCUUUUUUUUGACACUCCAAAGCUCUCUUUUUAUUAAAAUUGUGUUCUGUGUUUUUCUAAUUCCAGUUCAUGGGGAAGAACUUUGCCUUGUAAUAAGCAGUGCUGUCAAAGGCAUUUUUCCUUUUUAAAGUAUUUAUUGGCACUACAGAUCUGUGUUAUGGGAUUUAGUUUCACAUGUUCGUGACAUUUCACAUUUUUUCACCAGUUUAAGAAGUACAAAUUCACUGGUAAGAGUUUCUGAUGUGCACUGUUGAAGUAAGAAAUAGUACGUUUUCUUAAGGGUGUGUGACUUUGGUAGAGAGUAUUAUUGUGAUAGGAGAGACUUUUGUUUUCACAUUUAUGUUGCACACUGUUCAGUAUUAUUAACCAUUAUUUGUAAAUUCUAGUUAAUUUUGGGAUGCAUAUUGAAAGUGCAUGUAUCAAAGCCUUGAACAGAGAGCGUAUAAGAGGCAUUCAGAUCAAAACAUGUUUAUUCUACUAGCUAAACCCCUGCAGCCCUUGCGUGUUUCACAGACUUAAGAUAAGUGGUAUUCCCAGACUUGUUCAUGUGAAAUAAGAUUGUGUAGUCUAAGAUUAGUGCUAAUCGGGUUCUGUGAAACACCCCUUUCCUUCUGUUCUGUAUUAAGUCUAAAUGUACUUGCCAUACACUGUAGAUGACACAGACACGUUCACAGGAGGCUUUCUAAAAGACAUUCUGAAAUCCAUGAGAUUGCAAUAACAUUACAAUGAAUCCUUAUGUAGCAUACAACCCAGUUAUGCUUUUAGGAUUUUCACACAGAAUAUAUACCAUUAAUAGGAGGAACCACU